AUGUGGUCCCGACUUCCAAACCUUGUCACCGGCUUGGCCCUUGGGUUGGCUGCCUGGUCGAUGGGCGUGGAUGCUGUGACUUGCGGCGAGUUGAAGACCUUGUACAAGAACGAGCAGUGCUGCGGGCAGCCCACUCAAGAGGUCUCUGCUCCAGUGCCCGGAACCGCUGCCUGCCCGUACUCCUUCGCCAAGCCUGCUUGCUCCACUGCCGAACCUCAGACGCCUCGUGACCUGACGGCCGGCGCCGUCGGCUCAAUGACACCAAAGGCAGCGACUCUGACCGAUGAUCAGGCGAACUUCCUACCGCUGGUGAACGUGCACUUCCACCUGGGUGCAGAGCACAAGACCGAGGCCUACAGUGACGACACGGACUCGAUUGCCUACGAUGCCGCCUCGUCAGGCCGACGACUUGCCGGAAACGUCCGGCCUGGGUUCAUGUGCAGCAAGAGCUCUCUGAACGCCAAUCAGCUGGCGGCCUACAACUUCACGUACUGCAACUUUGCUGCGGCGCUUCCUUUAGGCUUUGACCUGCUUUCCGGGAGCGCGCAUGUCGUUUUUAGCAAGGGCGACGUGCAGGUCGGCAAGUCCUACGAGAUCCACUACGUGCACUCCUCUGCGGGCAUGGACAACAACGCCACGGAUGACAUGAACGCAGACUUGCUGGCAGAUGGCCUGGGAGGUGCUGCCAACGGCCGUGGCCUCCUCAACCCCAUGAUCGUGGUGCAAGGGCAGAUCUUCCAGAUCGUGCAUGGUGCCGCAACAGUCGAUGACAUGCUGCACGGCUGGACUGUGGUUGGCCACGACAACUCCGUCAUGUACCCCGGGAGCACUACCGGUCAGAGCCACGACAACGAGGUGUGCUCUCCUUACUCCAUCACCUGGCACGUGGACAAGGAUUGCCAUCAGGUCUCGCCCGAGUCCUUUGACAAUCUGUGCAAGCAGAUGAGUGAGGCCUACGGGAUGUACGCUGACCUUUACCCGCACGGCUCGCGCAAGCUGGUCUCCUCCCAGUACGUGGUGAAAUCCGAGUUCGUCAAACCCCUGGCGUAG